AUUUCUUGUGUGCUAGAAAAUAAUUAGAUAAUAGCAAUUAGUUCUAACUGCAACAAUCAUCUGUGGUUUUGUAAGGUAAACUAAAAACUAAUUGUUGUCCAUAAAAAAAUAAUUGAAGCUAUCAACGAGGAAAUUCAUAAAAAUUGAAUUGAAGAACUAAGAAGCCCCUAAAGUUACCGGUGUGGUGUCUGUUAAUUGACAAUUUCCUCUGAACAGCAAUAAAAAAUGAAAAAGAAAUUUUUCUUGAAAUUAUGUUUGCUAUUGACGUUACAAUUAGCUGAAGCGAACGAUAAUGCUGUAACAGAAACACCAGAAAUGGCUAAAUCGGCAAAUAUCUUAUCUGGAGAUGUUAAGUACAAAAGUCCUUAUGCGGAUCCUGCUAAAUUUUACUUUGGCGACAAUUUUGACGACAACGUCCAAUUUGCAACAAAAUGGAUUAAAUCUCAAGCGAAGAAAGACGACAUUGCUGAUGAAAUUUCCAAGUAUGAUGGCGAGUGGAAAGUAGAACAACCACAAAAACCCCUGUUGUCAAACGACAUGGGAUUAGUGUUGAAAUCGAAAGCCAAACAUGCGGCGAUUGCGACCCGCCUGGUUCGACCAUUUGUUUUUUCUAAUAAACCACUAGUAGUACAAUACGAGGUAAAUCUACAAGACGGGCAAGAGUGUGGCGGAUCAUAUAUCAAACUGCUAUCAGCAGGGAAAGAAAUUGAUGAUUUGAAGCAGUUCCAUGAUAAAACUCCCUAUACAAUUAUGUUCGGUCCUGACAAGUGUGGAAACGAUAUUAAGUUACAUUUCAUAUUCCGACAUGUUAAUCCUAUUAACGGAACUAUUACGGAAAAACACUGCCGAAAAGCCAAAGAUCGACUAGACGAUGCUUUUAAGGACAAACAACCUCAUCUCUAUCAACUAAUUGUACGCCCUGAUAAUACAUACAUUAUUCGAUUUGAUCAUAAAGUCAUCAAUGAAGGAUCACUUCUUACUGAUUUUACGCCGCCGGUCAACCCUACCAGGGAAAUCGAUGACCCGAAUGAUUUCAAACCCGAGAAUUGGGACGAAAGAGAAAAAAUUCCUGAUCCAGACUCCAAGAAACCUGAUGACUGGAAUGAAGAUGAACCGCCACAAAUUCCCGACCCAAAUGCUUCGCAACCAGAAGGAUGGCUCGAUAAUGUCGAAGAGAUGGUUCCCGAUCCAAACGCUGAGAAACCUGCAGAUUGGGAUGUAGACAUGGAUGGCGAAUGGGAAGCACCAUUGAUUGCUAAUCCAGCCUGUGAAAAAGCUGUGGGUUGCGGUCUAUGGAAAGCCCCAAUGAUUCCAAAUCCAAACUACAAGGGCAAAUGGCGGGCUCCAUUAAUUGACAAUCCUAAUUAUCAAGGAAAAUGGGCACCCAGAAAAAUACCCAAUCCAUAUUUCUUCGAAGAUAAUAAUCCCUUCCAGAUGACCACUAUCGGUGCCAUUGGUAUUGAACUGUGGUCUAUGUCUAGCGAUAUUUUGUUCGAUAAUCUGAUUAUCACUGAUGACGAAUCUGCUGCCAAUGACUGGGCAGCAGAAACAUUUGAUCUAAAGCGUAAACUAAUCGACAGUGAAGCGGAAACAUUUGUAUCCCGCAUUUUGAAGUAUGCCAACAAAAACCCAUGGUUAUAUGCCGUCCUUAUUAUAGUAGUAGGCUUACCGCUAGCUAUCAUAUUUUAUCUAGCUUGUUCAUCGAAGAUUUCACCUCAAUCGCCGUCAUCCCGAGCAAAAAAAACAGAUGAACAUUUACCGGACACGGAGGAACAAGAGGAUAAUUCACUCGGUAAAUCCAAUCUCAAUUCAAUUAGCGGCGACAUUCGGACACCUGAUACAGAGGAUGAUCGUAUUGAAGAAGAGUUCAAAGGUAACAACUAUGACGACGUUGAUAAUGAGAAUGAAGAUGCAGAGGACGAAAAAGAAGAGUUUGAUCAGAAUGAUUUAGUCGUUGAGGGUAAGGAAGCUGCAGAAGAAUUUUUAGAAGAAACAAAUAAACCUGAAGGUGGAGUCAAGAAACGAAAAUCCAGACGAGAUUAGAUUGUUUUUCUAACAUAAAUUAACUUUUUGGUAGAAUAAUUUUAUCCUAAUUUAAUCGUUUGCUCGUAACUAAUUAAUAAUUACCUGAGCGAUGUAUUUUUAACUGUAACUGAAUUUGAGAACAAUGCAGUAAACAAGAAAUUGGAUACAUAGUGUGUACACCAUGUCAUAAAUGUUUGCGUAGUUAGCAGUAUUAUAAAAUAUGGCAGCAUGAUUCCAACACCUGCUGCAUAAAACUGCAUUUCUACAACCAAUAAAACUUGGUAAGUUAUUACCAAUAGGUAAAUUUGUUUCACGAAAAUGAAAUAAAUGAAGAUA